UGGUAGCGACAGUCAGAAACGUUCAGAGUAGAAAGGAGCAGAGCAGCGACUACAACUCUGUCAACUGUGUUUCAUCACCAAGAGGACGGAUUCAAUUAGAGACACAAGGACGAGCUCUGUACCAUCAAGUCCCGUGUGACGGUGUCAGUCCAGUUCCUCCUAAGUGGAGUCCAGUCCCAUCAGGUUUGGUCUCAUCUGGAUUUCGUCAACAUCCACCAUCCAGCCUUCUGUUUGGUCCCAGCUGAGUUCCUUCCAGUUUCCGGUGGGGGUCGGUCCAGCAUUUCAAGCUGGACGGAGGAGAGACGAGUGGGCCCGAGGGCCCGGCCUUCGUGUUGCGACACAGAACUUCAAAUCUCUUAGAACACACGUCGGAUAGCACGCACACAGAUCCCAUGAGUCCACGGGAGAAGGACGACACGCCCAACUCAGGUUCUUCAACCAGUCACCUCAGCACCGCCGGGUGCCCCUCACACAAUGGGAGUGUCCCAGAGUGCGAUGAGGAGAGAAGAAAAAAUGAAGAGGACGACAGAGGAAGAGAAAGAGAGGACCAGGAGGUGGAAGAGGAUGAGAGGAGCAGCGAUGAAGGUUUCAUGGGAAUGACUCCACUGCUGCAGGCUCACCAUGCCAUGGAGAGGAUGGAGGAGUUUGUACAUAAGAUGUGGGAGGGCCGGUGGCGCGUCAUACCUCACGACGUGCUCCCCGAUUGGCUGAAGGACAACGACUUCCUGCUUCAUGGCCACAGGCCACCCAUGCCUUCUUUCCGCGCCUGCUUCAAGAGCAUCUUCAGAAUCCACACAGAGACGGGAAACAUCUGGACACACCUGCUAGGCUGUCUGUUUUUCCUCUGUCUGGGUCUGAUGUACAUGUUCAGGCCCAACAUGUCGUUCGUGGCGCCGGUCCAGGAGAAGGUUGUGAUCGGGAUGUUUUUCCUGGGAGCCAUCCUCUGCCUCUCCUUCUCCUGGCUCUUCCACACAGUCUACUGCCACUCCGAGGGCGUGUCCAGAGUCUUCUCCAAGUUGGACUACAGUGGGAUCGCCUUCCUGAUCAUGGGCUCGUUCGUGCCCUGGCUCUACUACUCCUUCUACUGUUCUCCCCAGCCCUGCUUCAUCUACCUGAUAGUGGUGUGUAUCCUGGGACUGUCCGCCAUCACCGUCUCCCAGUGUGACUUCUUCGCCACGCCGCAGUACAGAGGAGUCAGAGCAGGUGUGUUUGUGGGUCUGGGUCUGAGCGGCGUGGUUCCCACCCUGCACUUUGUCAUCAGCGAGGGUCUGAUCAAAGCGACCACCAUGGGUCAGAUGGGCUGGCUGCUGCUGAUGGCGACGCUCUACAUCACCGGAGCCUGUUUGUACGCCGCUCGCAUCCCGGAGAGGUUCUUCCCCGGCAAGUGUGACAUCUGGUUCCACUCUCACCAGUUGUUCCACAUCUUGGUGGUCGCCGGGGCUUUCGUUCAUUUCCACGGUGUCUCCAACCUGCAAGAGUUUCGCUACACGGCGGGAGCGGGCUGCGCCGAGGACGGCACUCUCUAACAGACAAACACAUACACACACACACACACACACACACACACAUACUGACUCACUCAUUCACUCACACACAUUUUUACGGGGAGUCACUGGUUCUAAUAAUAUGCACAGAAUUACACACACAUGCUCCUCAAACAGGCACACACACGCUCUCCCCCCAAACUGAAGGCCCAAGCGGCUCGUCUGGUGUGUGUCUGUGUGCGUAAUACACAGGAUGGCCUCCCAGGGGGCGCUAUUAAAACUGACUGACAAGGGUUUUUUUUUGUUCUCUCUCUGUCCCUCCGUCUGUCUGUCUGUCUGUCUGUCUGUCUGUCUGUCCACACCCUCACCUCCUCUGGCUCUUUUUGCUCCGACUAUAAAUCCACUUCCAAGACGGUGUGUUUUCUAAACCAGUUUUUGAGACUCUUUCCAGGAAGUAUCUCCGUUUGUUCGGGAGGAGCUCAAAACCUCCCUUCAAUAAUUCUUCAUUUUCUUCUGUGUUGAGUUCUGACUUUUUCAUGGUUUGAUUUGAAGAGGAAACAUAAUUGUGGCUUUAAAAAAAAAAAAGAAAAAAAAGACAUUUUUGGGGUGUUUUCUUGCUGAAUGCUGUUUUCCAAGUCACACUUCAGAGCAUUCAAAUAUGAAAAAAAAAAAGAAUCAAGUGGAAAAUGUCUUUCUUCCAUGAUUGUGAAAGUUGAAGGGGGAGAUGGGGGAUUUGUUGGGGAUGAGGGUUGGUUUGUGGGGAGGCUUAAUAGUCACUUUUAAAAGAAAAAAAAAAACUUUUCCAUGUAAAUAAGAUUUCUAAAUUUUGGGUUAUAGAUUUGUAUGAAAUAUAUAUUAAAAAAAAGAACAAAAAAAGAUGUUAUAAGAUGAUGGCAAGAUACUGAAUAAAUAAAUAUGUUAGAUGAUGAAUCAGUUAAAGAUGAGAAGGAGCAGUGGAAAGAAUAUUCUGCGAUUGGAGGGAAACGCUUCAAACAACAACUUCAUUUAGUCUGAAUAUGCAAAGAUAAGCAGUGAGGAUGAGGAGGAAAUAUAAGGCACAACAUCUGAAUCUGAUCUCCAGUGCAGGUGUGAAAUGAGCUCAGAGUCACUUUUUCUGAUCUCCAAACAGAAUUAUUGUUUUUUCUCACCUUUUGUCUUCAACCUGCGGCCUCGUGUUCGUCGAGCAUCACACAGUUGGAUCACUGAUUUUAAAAUCUCGGGGGGGGGGGCCCCUCACGAAUAAAAUGUUCUCAUGUGAACAUUUGUGCUUGAAACCAAAUCUUAAGUCUAUGAUAUAUAAAAGAAUCAUCCUAAUAUGUAGCCGUUUUCAUUUAUCUUUUUACUGUAAAUUGUCUGACAUGUCUAAAGAUAAAACAGACUUCUAUGCCACCAAUAUAAGUUUAUUCUUUUCUUUUUUAUUCCUUUAAUCACACAAAGACAACUAAAGGAUAUUUUUUAAAAACAAGGCCCCAAAUCUGCAGCAUCAAUACAUAAAUCAUACAGUUUAUUGUUGUCCUGACGUCUGUGACAGUUGAUAAGAUUCACUUCCACACAGAAUGAUACUGAACAUGUUUUUCUUUUUGAUUGGUAUGGAUUGUAUAUUUUAAUUUAUCCACUGUUGUUUUUGGUAUUAUUAUUAUUAUUAUUAUUGCAAGCUUUAAUUCCAGUUUUUUUUUUCUUUUCUCUCAUCCAUUAUCUCUGUCGUUCGGCCAGAGAUCAUGUGAGGCGAGGGCCCCUAAAUAAAAAUAGCAAAAAAAACCCAACAUGAAGUGUCCUCAAAAACACCCGGAGAUGUACUCAAAAAUAAUUUAAGGGCACCUGAACAGAAACAGAGACUUCACUUUGAGAUUAAUACAUGGUGAUGUUUUUAAAAUGUUAUUGUUUUCUGGCAAUACCAAAAUCUUGCACCUGCACAGUGGAAAAUGCUUAUAUUCUGAGCUUGUCUUAAACUGUAAUUCUAUUAUUGUUUGAAGUUAAAUUUAGGUUUGCGAGUUCCUGUUUGAUGGCGGCAAAUUGAAUUACUAUUUGAGUGAUCAGCGUCUCUUCUUUGCAUCACACUUUGCUUUGAAGAAAAAAAAGAAAUUUCAUCUACUUCUGUCUCAUUUUCAUCUACUAUCUUCAACUACUUUAUGUUUUUUUUUUCUUCUUCUUCUUUUCCUCAUUUUCUGUUUUUAUUUGAUCUGGCUUAUAUUAAUUUAUUUCUCUUGGGGAGCGCAUAUUGUCUGUUGAAGCACACGUUCCGUUCUGAUGGGAGUGUUUGAUUGCAAUAGACCUUUAUAUCUGCUGUAUUGUUCUAAUAAAAAAGUUUUUUGAAUCUG